AUGGGCACCAAGUGUUUAGGGUUAGGCGUUCUUCCAAAGGCUUACUUGGGUGGGGAGCAGGAUUUCCAGAAAGAUCCCGACGACGAAGAGUACGACAUUCUGGAUGAGAUCAGCCGCGGGUCGUUCGGCGUGGUGUACAGUGCUCGCAACGAGAGAAGCGGCGAAACGGUGGCGAUCAAGGAGGAGGUGGGCGGGCUGUGCCCCUCCACCGUAAUGGAGAUCAGCAUCCUCAAAUCCCUCCCGCCCCACCCCUGCAUCAUCACCUUCAAGCAGGCCGCCGAGGGCGCCGACGGGGGCCGCGCCUACGUCGUGAUGGAGCACAUGAUGUCGGACCUCAGGCGCUGGAGGCUCAAGCGCCGCAAACCCUACGCGCCCAUCGAGAUCAAGUACCUGAUGGAGGAGAUACUCAAGGGCGUCGCAUUUCUCCACGACCACGGCGUCAUGCACAGAGACCUCAAGCCCGAAAACAUCCUCUUGGGUCACAACUCCGAGGUCAAAAUCUGCGACUUCGGACUCUCCGCCCGCUUCCCGGGCCAGCCAUACAGCCCCGGCGUCGGCACCCUCUGGUACAUGGCCCCCGAGCUCCUCCACGGCUCGCGCGACUACACGUGCGCGGUCGACAUGUGGGCGGUGGGGGCCACCAUGGCCGAGUUGUUGCUAGAUCGAGUUCUUUUCCGAGAGGACUCCGAGUGCCACCAGAUUUGGCGCAUAAGAUGGACCAUGAACCCGCCCUUCAAUUUCCUCCGCAGGGAAUUGAAGCUGGCUGCAGCGGAGGCUCCAGCCACCGCGAUCGCCUCCCUCACUCCCGCCGGAUUUGACUUGCUUGAGAGUCUUCUCGAGUACCAACCAGAGUAUAGGAUCACGGCCAAAGACGCACUCAAUCACGCUUGGUUUCAAGAACUCGACGCUAUUCCUACUUAG